AUGCCUGACGGAGACGACGACCAUGACCCUUCCUCUGUUCAACAGCACCCCCAUUCUCCCCGAUGGCCUGAACAACCCUCUUCCCAUCAGUCACACCGACCCUCCUUGGACUUUCUCCCGCUCAAUCGUCUCUCAACCCUAACCGUCUCAUCUCACGACGGGCCCUUUCUACCGGGAGCCUCCUACCAUCCCGAAGCGCUGGAGUCUCAUGGUACAUGUACCUCUGGCAGCCAAGCAGACAAAGUCCACGCCGAACAGACCCCGUCCCCCGAUCCCAACGACGUCUAUCGUCCUUAUGCCAUUGAUGAUGCGCAAAAAAGUCCUGCCCUAGGUAGCCUGCUGCCACCCGCGGACGUUGGCCUUGGAAUGACAGCAAUUACUUCUGCUCCUCGCUCUCCUGAUUUCCCGAAACACUUUGAUUCUUCUUCCUACUCCCACAACCGGUCUACUCCCCGGCCAUAUCAACUGCGCUCCCCUUCUCAGGAUUCCAACUUAUCGUCCGGAGAUAUUGCUCUUCGCCCGCAACCAUUGUCAUUUGUUGGUGCACGAAACAGGCAGGCCUCGUUCAAAGACCUGGUUGAACGCUUUAACAAAAACGUGGACGAGAUUCCACCCAUACCAAGUGCCUUGUCGUCUCGAGCCACAAGUCCGUCGCCUGCAUUAAACAGCCGCAGUCGGUCCGGAACUGAGACGAUCGAGGGCCAACUUCGUCACGCCGACAAAUCUCCUCCGAUAUCCUUCCCGCCUGUACCGAAAUACGACAAACACGACCAACCACAGUCUUCACUCUAUCCGAAUCCUCACUUCUCCCCUUCCCAAAAGCACAGCGGUGAAGGUAUCACACGGCGACCGCUGUUCGGAGAUCUUUUGACUAUUGACACCGCUGUGAAUAAUCAGCUGGGACAUGGUACUCUUCCGUCUCACAUCCGUCGCAGAGGCUCAGAAAGCAGCAUACCAAGCCCUCAUCCAUUCUUCAUCGAGAACUCAGGACCUGGAGGCCUAGGUCCGGUAAUUUCUCCAACAUCACCAACGGCGUGGUACUUAGGCUACACCCAGUCACUCGAGUCUGUCAAUAAAAGUCUACCUGAUACUGGCAGCCGUAAGUCCCGUCGUACAAGAAGUGACGCUUCCUGGACUACUAUGAGACCUGUCGUGGGAAGCCCGUUGGAGGCCCAAAUGGCUGGCACCUCACUGCAAGAGCCAGUAUCCGCAACAACACCGGAUAACUCUCAUACUACAAAAUCUCGCAUUCCUGUUGCGAACAGACGUGCCUCAGAUUGUUCUAGCCCUUCGUCUCCCUCAACCCGAACAAACUCAGCCUUGGGUUAUCAUCUCAACAAUAACACCAAUUUUACCUCGAACCAGGUCCCGCUUGCUCCGAAAGGCAGUAGUCGUCUUCCAAAGCCUCUCAAUUUAAUGACAACUUCAGGAGUCACGAGUCCAGAGCGGAAUAUACCCGUCACCCCUACUAUAAAAUCACCUAACCGCCGAAAUGUCAUGCAUACGCAUGGGAGUCCUCGCCAAGCGCAGGAUAAAGGGUCUCUCAAGGUCUACGUUUCCGCGCCACCGCCCAAGACGUCUCCUCCAUUACGAAGCUCUAGACCUCGGCAGCCAGUAUCGGCAGCCAGUACCGCAGCAUCCCGUGCAAAAGUCGUUGAUCGUGUUUCUCGUUUCCAGACGUCCCAAAGCUCUGAUGACCGUACGCGAAAUUCCCGAACCAGAACACGAAAACCACCCGAGCUAGGCAAUGUUGACUUCGCGGCACGCCGACAACGGAUUCAGCAAGCUUUCAACAAGUCUGUUCAGGAGACGGUCAAGAAAGAGGAAGAAGCUGCCGAGCGUCGAAGACUAGCCCGCUAUAAAAGGGAUGAACAAGUGCGAUCAAUGCUCAUUCGUGAGGGCGAGCUUCGCAAGAUGGCGUCUAUGGAGUCUACAACAACGCCUGUUCAGCUACAUGCGAAUGAAAUCCCAGAAUCAGCCCAGCCAAAGGAGGUGGAGGAGAGCAACGUCGCAUCGCUACCUUUCGUAACACCGGAAAACCAGAAUUUCACCCACAGCUUAUCUAUCGAUACCAGCAACCUCUACACUCAGCAAUCAGAAGUUGUAUUACCUGAAGCUCACGUCAGUGGGGCAGACUCCCCAACACUGGGUAUAUCGACAGCACCCACUAUCCGGCCUUCUUCGACGUUCGUCAAUGCUUCCCUAGAUGACAUUCCACCAUUGUCCGCAGUCACGGCAGCCACGAAUGAUUCCGGUUCCACUAAUUUUGACCCUGAACCGCAAGUGGGCCUCGAUCACCAGGAAUCGCAUCGCAAUCUGCUCAGUCGCAUCAUGCAGCUUCGAGAGUCAAGUUCUAGUGAUGAAUGCGACGAAGAUGAAGAAGACGAUGAUGAUGACGACGAAGACGACGAGGACGAUGACAACGUACUUUGCGACGAGGAAAAUGAGAAGGAGUCAAUUCGUAUCAUGCUCGAUCCCGCUCGGUCUACCUUCUUCUUGGAUGGAAUAGACACUGGUGAUAAUAAACAUCUUCCAGUCAGUCAAAAUAUAGAAAAAGACACAACAAGCCAUGAUGACCCCAACAGAUGGAGCAUGGCAUCGUGGACUUCUUCCACGGGAGAGCAACAAUCGAGUUCAGAUAGCCAGUGUGACGCUGACGAUGAACCAUCGCUCUCGAUCGAACGGGAUAACCAAUCAUUAUAUCAUUUGAAGCCAGCAGCAGCAGAUAGCCCGCGCCGUCAGUCUACUUAUGACUAUCUUCACGCCAAUUUAACGACAAGCCCCGGUACUCAUAGGCGCCAACAUUCACACCCCGAUAGCUUGAUUCGACAAGGAGGCUGGGAUUCUAAACGUGUUACGCAACUCUACUUGCAGGAACUGGCACGUGGCGGAUUCCGGCAGUCAUUCGACCGACCUUGGGAAAUCGUUCAACGAGGCGAAGCGAGUGAGAACCUAUCUAAGCCCGAUAGUCUCAAAGACGAACCGGUUAUGGUGCCACGCGUCCGGGAUCUAUCUUCAAAGGAUAGCCUUUCACACCGGGCGAGUCUGAGCUUGCGAGAUGAUUGGGAAAAUGCGUCGCCAUCAAUCGCAGACUGGAUGCAGGUGGCUGCAGAAGAUGAGCCAUCGGCGAUAACUCCGCAAAAUGAAGUCGUGAUUCACGACUCUAGCAGUGACAAUAAACCUCAGAACUCGACGAUGGAAGCUUCAGCCCCUGCACCUCAACAGGCCCAUAGUUCCUGGGAUGGACUUGGCCUUGCAAUUCACGUACAAUCCCCCGUGGACGAAACAAGAAUGUCUCCUUUACCGCCAAUGCCUACCUAUAGUCCUCCUCCAGCUCCGAAAGCGACUGAAGGUUUAGAGGCUCCCCUUUCGCAAACCCCUGCGCCACAGUCUGUAUCACCAAGCAUUUAUACCAGCCAACCGCCGUCAAGCAACAUAUCCAGCUCUCCCUUUCCUGCAUUCGAAGAACAACAGACACUACGCCACAGUGAAGACUCGUAUUUGACACAGACCGGUUUCACGCAUUCGCCAGCCACUGUGGCAUCGUCUGCCACCUCGCAAAAUCACAUUCCUGCUCCUGACCCCGCUGGAGAAGCUCCAAGUGGUUCACCAACGCCUGAACAGAAGAAGUUGAAGCAACGCCGUAAUGUGAUCAAGGAACUUGUUGAUACAGAAUACACCUAUGGCCGCGAUAUGAAGGUGGUGGACGAUAUCUACAAAGGCACCUCCAGCUCCUGCUUAGAUCUCUCUGCAGAUGAUGUCAAAGUUCUCUUUGCAAAUUCCGACCAGAUUGUUCAGUUUUCUAUGAACUUUCAAGACGCCCUGAAACAUGCAGCCAAGAGUGUGUACGUGAUGCCGAAAUCUCAACGAUGGGGCAGUAAACAAGGGAAUCAAAGUGGCAGGAAUAUUUCACCAGCAGAAACGCAAAACUCCACUGCUGACUUAUCUAGUGUUGAGCAAGAUCAGCUUACCUUUGUGGGCCAUGUCUUCAUGGAGAAUAUCGGUCAUAUGGAGAAGGUUUACACUGAAUAUCUCAAAAACCAUGAAGCUGCCAACAAGAAAUUACAAGUGCUCCAACAAAAUCCUAAAGUUGAAAUCUGGUUAAAAGAAUGCCGUGAUUGGGCCGCUGAUCUCACAGACGCCUGGAACUUGGAUGCUUUACUAGUGAAGCCUGUGCAGCGUUUAGUGAAAUAUCCUCUCCUUCUCACACAGCUGAUUAACGCCACCCCAGAGAGCCACCCAGACCACACCGCUUUAGUGCAAGCCCUCGAAGGGGUCACUAAAAUCUCAGUUCGGAUCAACGAUCUGAAGAAACGCGCGGACGUUGUAGGUCAGGUUGUCAGCAGCCGGAAACGCAAGGAUUCUGAUGUUCGGCUGGGAUUUUCCAAAGCGUUUGGUCGUCGUACUGAAAAGCUCAGGCAACAGGUUGGUCUUUCCGAAAUGUUCGAGGACACGGACUAUAAUGCGUUGGCGAACCGCUUCAAUGAACAUUUCUUUCAGCUGCAAGUAGUUAUGCGUGAUGUGGAAAUGUACACCCGGGAAAUCAAGUCGGGCAUGGACAUGUUCAAUAAUUACGUCGCUGCUGUCCAUGGUUGUGUCGACGCUGCGCAGUCUAACUAUGCUGAGAUUGAAAGCAAAUGGCAUAGGUUACGGGUAUAUGUGCGGGAAGUCAUGAGUGUUGUUCUUCCCGAACAUAUUGCAGCUGUUCGCAAAGGUGUAAUCGACCCUAUGCUCACCUUACUCAAGCUAUACGAAGGUCCACAAAAGGUAAUGACUAAGCGAAAUAAGAGAUUGCUUGACUAUGCCCGAUACAAGUCUGUGAAAGACCGCGGUGAUAAGCCUGAUAAACGCACUACGGAGCAGGGAGAGCAGUUCUCGGUUUUGAAUGACGCGUUGAAGGAUGAGCUUCCACGGCUUUUCAAUCUUACAGCUAAGCUUAUGGAAGCAUGCUUAAAGAAAUUUAUAUCUAUUCAACAGCAAUGGUACCAGAUCCUCCAACAGAAACUGGGCCCCAUCCUUGAUCGCUAUCCAGGGGAUCUGCCAAGCAUUGUCGACGAUUGGACAGCGGAUUUCUCCUUUGCCGACGCACAAAUCAUGUCCUUAGCGCUCUGCAAUGGUGCUCUUCUUUCCGAAGCCGGCAAUUUAGUUAAUUUCAAUGCUCCUGCAGCAGAUGGGACAACCUCGCCCCGGCGACCGUCUACUGUGACCAACUCCAGCGCUCGUACUACAUCGGGGACGUUUGAGAGCUCACCAAAAGUGUCUUAUGACCUCGGCACCAAUGGCACUUCAAUCCAUUCGUAUGGUAUGGAUGGCCAGUCUGAUUAUCACUCUAUUGGAUCUCAGUCAUAUGUCACCGGCGCUUCCCAUGCGCGUGCUAGCUCAUCGUUCUCUGGCGCGGCUCGUACGGUGGCGAGUGCGGGAGUGAGUACGAGAGCUAGUGCAGAAGCCGUGAAUGGGCAAAUUGGAAAUGGAGUUGUGGCAAGUGCAUUAUCUCCAGCACGGCCCAGCACAGGGUCAACCGGUCGCCAAACAGAUUCAUCUCAUACCGCUCCCCGGUUGAGUCUUGAUAUGCCUUUCAUGCGAGAUCCUUUGCUUCAUGAUACGCAUGAUCUGAACAAUAGAACAAUCGAGUCAACUGCAUCUCCCGCUCGCUUUUCGGGAUUUUUCUCGUCUGCAAUGCCUAUGGCUGAUUCGCCUAUGCAAGAGGCUCCGAUACCUCCCGCUCCCGCUCCCGCACCAACGAGCAAUUCAGAUCCGAAAGUACUAUUCCUUGCGGCUAGCUUGUAUGAGUUUAACAUUGACAAGUCACGGCGCGAAGCCGGGUAUCCCUAUCUUACCUACACCGAGGGUGAAGUGUUCGAUGUUAUCGGUGAAAAGGGCGAGCUAUGGCUCGCUAAGAAUCAAGAUGAUCCCUCAGGUCAAGUCGGCUGGAUAUGGACACAGCAUUUUGCAAAGUUGCCUGGUUGA